AUGUCUCUCUGGAGGUACGUAACACAGUCUUUGCCGACCAACCUGCACACACCACACCCGGACACCACGAACCACGGCAAAGAAACUAACAAGCUACCCAGCUCCUACCGCAACCUCGCCCCCAAAACCCGGGCCUUGUUUGGUAUCGGCGUCAUGGCAUGGGCAGGUAUCGGACUCUGGACCACGCCGCAGGUAGAAAGCGCAUUGGGCAUGCAGCCCUCAAAGGAAGAGCAGGAUGCACUGAAUCGGAAGCUGGCAGUGCGCGUGUCGCGUGUCGGAGACGAAGGGGAAUCGGAUACCCGGACCAACUGA